AUUCCCUGCUUUAAUUACUCUCUGAGAUAUGAUUACGUCUCUCUCACUCUUGUUACCAACAUUAAUUUCUUCAUGAAUUCAAAUCCUUCACCUCACUCCAGAAAAACUCAAGAGUCAACUGCUACAGCACUUUGUUUUGAAGAAACUCUUUUCCUUAGGUCUCUGUAAUGAUGGUGACAGUGUGAUCCAUUUCAACCAAUAAAAACAGUUGCUUAUGCUGAUCCUUCCUUUCAUUGUUAAGCAUUGGGAGCAAAGUAUGAACAAGUUUCCCAUAUACCCAAAAUAUGAAGGUGGGGACUAUUGUGGCUACGAGUUUGAUCCUCACACAGACUUUACGGAUUUCUUGUCAGAAGCGAGAAAGCAUGUAUCUGAAGGGAAAUUCAGUGCUACACCUCCACGUUCUGUGGAACUGAGAAACAACAAUUUUGGAAAUGAUGUUAAGAAAACUUGCAAGAAGUCAUGGAAAAGCUCUCUGUUUUCAUGGCUGAGGACUGAUAAGAAGAAGAAUGAGGGGAGCAGAGAAACUUCAAAAGGCUCUACCAUUAACAAGCUGAAGCGUGGAUGUGUCUCUGGUCCAUUGCCGGGGAUCAGCGGGCCAGGUACUAUAGCUGGAAGGCCCAAUAAGCCUUUGUCUGGGCCCUUAACAUAUCUGUUCAGUCCAAUGAACAGAGUGGACAAUGAAAUACCUUAUCUCUGUCUUCACAAGGUUAAGAAUAGUACUCCUGAUGUUCAAUCUUAUGGACCUGUUUAUCUGGUAACUUAAGAUUGCAAAAGGGUAGGUUUAAUUUAGCAGAGACUACAUGUAUGUGUCAUGAAUCUAUGUGUUCGGUGAAUGCAAACAAAUAUCAUAUGCAAAAAAGAAUUUGCAUUUGUUGCAAGGAACAGGUUCUUUUUUUUUCAUUAUCACAUGCUAGUCUAGGAAUAGGUUCUGAAUUCACCCAUGAUUUUGGAGUUUAGAAUUUGAAUAGCAUCAACAUCAACAUUUUGUUUGACGAAUUUCAGGAAAAUCAGACACACUCAUAAUGCUUCA